AUGAGAAAGAAAAAAAGGAGCACCGAGGGGAAGGUAUGGACUGAUGCGUUGAACAAUUUGGAGAAGGUGCAUCAAAACAAGUACAGCCUAACGAAGGACACACUUCAUGAAAGGUCUCGACCAGAACCAGAAAUUAUUGAACACAUAUUAGAAGAACUAGAAAAUAAAAUUAGGUUCUAUUUCAAGUUGUACAAAAUGGAGAAAGAUAAAAGAACCGAUUGUGAAAAAAAAAAUUAUUACUUGCAUGAAGAGCUCAACCAGACUUACACGACAUUAGAAAAAAACAAACUCUACACGGAUAAGUUAGAAAAUAAAUUGCAUAACAUUAAAGAAAAUCAGAGUUCCUUGAUAGAUACAGUUAGACGUAUUGACCUCUUAUACAUACAGUUAGACACCCUGGUACAGUCCUUUUCUGGUGUUUGCACACAAGUAGCGGCGGAGGUUAAUGCCUACGGGAUGAACACGAACAGUAGGAGAAACACCAUGAAGACUUUACUGGAUUAUAUUUACCCAUGUAGAACGCUUGACCCUCGCAUUAAUUCUCUUUACGGAGUGUUAUAUUAUGGAUCUAUUGGGUUACUAAAAGAUGGAAAAUUUCAGAGUCCUCCCAUUCCGCCUAUCCCUCCAGUGGUGCCAUCUGAAGGGGACGGUUGGCUACCCCCUUCGAGGUAUGCCCCUCACAAUGAUGUUGUCCUGACCGAUUCUCAUCAAAGGAGCAGUCAUCUUGGUGCUCCAUUUGGGGGAAGCUUCUCCGACCCGAUGAGGCAAAGCGGAAGUGGAACCUCCUUCAACAAGGAGAGCUCCAAGGAGAACUAUGCUGAUGAUACGCUAUUCUCCAAGUACGUCGAAGAUGAACAAAACAAACAGGUACGACGAAACGAGUAUGAUAUGAACAAGCCAAAUUUCAGCCAUCUUAUCCCUCAGGAUUUACAAGGGUUUUGUAUCAAAAUUGGUUUCCUAGAAAUUAGCUACAAGAAGGAAAAUGCAAGAAUUAUUUGCGUCGUUCGAUACGACAGUGAGACGAGUACCUCUGCAAUUCAGAACACGAGUAGAGUGACCAAACCAAGGGAUAUGAAUGGACGUGCCAAUGGGGGCAAAUAUAUUUUUAACAUCGAUUAUACAAUUAAUUUAACUUCACUGCCACAAAAAAACGCAGGAGAUAUCCCCAGUUUUAUGAUAGAUGUACACGACGUCAAUGGGAAAACACUGGUUGGAUCUGCUAGGUGUUCCUUCAUUAGUGAGAAAACCCUAAUGAGAGAUGCGUCGUGGGACAUUUACUCAAGAGUUGCAAAUGCGAAGCCGGAGAUAAUAGGGAAAAUGCAUGUCUCUGUGUUUGCUUGUCCUCAGAAUUCACUCCUCCCCGCUGAGAUUUUUAACAAGGCGAGGCAGCAGUCGACGUUGGGUGCUCCAUAUGGAGAGAGCAACCCAAGCGUCGCUCCCUCCGGGGACGAUCGGAAGGUGGAGAGCAACGUCAAAGUGACCUUUCAGAAGAGUGCCCUCCUGAGCAAGUCUAUCGAGGAGAGGGAUCAGCCAUCGCAGAUGGGUGUGAAGCCGCCGGGACAGCCGCAUGUGCAGUCGCAAGUGAAGCCGCAGGGACAGUCGCCUGUGAAGCCGCCGGGACAGCCUCUUGCGCAGCCGCUCUCCGCUAACAACACAGGGAAGGGGGCGAGCCUCGUUAAGAGGGGAAAUAAGGUCAACUUCAAGCCAUAUACUUCGAAGAAUGUCGACCCGGCCUCCUCGACGGACGCCAACAAGUCUAACACCGAUGUGAAGGGAAGCACUCCCCAGAAGGGAGCCUCCAAAGGAUUUAGUGUCAAUCGCAAGAAUGGAGACAGUAGCAAGCAUGCAGACAGUGGCAACAAAAGUGUCACCCCGGUUGGGAGUCAGCCUACUCAGGAGGGAGAAAAAAGCGGCACCAUUUCCCUAAUUCAGAGUCGAAUCAGAAAUCUAGCGAAACAGUUCGAGUCGAAGAAUGACACAUCCGGGGGGACUGGGGAGGAUGCCAGCAGUGGCUCCACGACCCCCGUUAAGGGGAGUGCUAGCAAGCUGGGAGGUCCUUUGAAGAAAGGUCUACCUCUCUCGAGCAGUAAGGGAGCUAGUGUCCCCGAGGCGAAAAAUGGGGAGCCACAGGGAGAGCAAAAGGUAGGGCAAACGGAAGGAAAAACGGCAGGGCAAAAGGUAGGGCAAGCGGAAGGCCAAACGGAAGGACAAAAAGCCGCGUUAGAGAAGGGCCCAGUCGGCUUGAAGAAGAGCUCCCCAAUGUUGAAGGAGGGGAUGAUUAAAAUUAAGUUACCUUUGCUGGGAAAGAAGGACUUGGCGAAGAAAGCGGACCCGGUAACCUCUGCAAAAAGCGACACCUCGGCCCUAGCAAAAAAUGACCCUGUAGGCGUAGCACAAAGUGAUGCCGCACCCCCUGCAAAGAGCGACCCUGCAGACGCUGCAAAAAAGGACAGCGACCUGAAGGACAGUGACCUGAAGGACAACAACGUCGCCAGUAAGACCAUAAAACCAAUUCUAAAGAUAAAAGUAGAACCCAAAAAAGAAAACUUAAACAAGCUGUUUAAAAAAAUGCCCCUGAAGACACCCCUUGCAUCUAAGGAGCAAGAAGAAAAAGAUUCUGGUGCUGCGAAAAAGGCCACCCCUAGUGAGAAGCUGACGGCGAAGACCGCUGCAAGUGCCAGCCAGGCCGCUCCUCCAAGUGCUCCCCAGGGCGCUGCCCCACCCAAAGCAGAACCCGAACUCACGAAAGUGGAAAAAAAUUUGGAGAAAAAAACAUCAAUUAAGAAUAAAAUGCUUGCCCUUUUGAAGAAAAAUCCAGGGGACCCCUCGGCAAUCUUGAAGAAGCCCGUUCCCAAGCCGGUGUCUGCUGCGCCCGCGGAGGUGGAAUCACAGUCCAGCACAGAUGGACCCGACCUGAAGAACCUACUCGAAAAGGCAAAAAAAAACGCCAUCUACAUCGACAAGAAUAAGGUGAACGUGAAAUUAAACAAAAAGGUGGAAAUCAAGAGGGAAAUAAAAAAGUUCGUUCCAAAGCUCAAAAAUUUCGAUCCUGUGUUGCCGCUAUCUUGCCGCCCCCUUGCCGCAUUUCGGGUGCCAGCAGUUAGGCACAGCUGCCGUGCCGCCAGCCCAGGCCCAGGAUUGCACGUGCCAAACCUGAGCUGUAAACAACUGGCAUAA